AUGACAAGCCAGGCUCCAAACAUCGUCCUCGAGACCUCAAUGGGCGCCAUAACGCUCGAGCUCUACACGGCGCACGCGCCCCGGACGUGCAACAACUUCACCGAGCUCACGCGGCGGGGCUACUACGACGGGACAAUCUUCCACCGCAUCAUCCCCAACUUUAUGAUCCAGGGCGGCGACCCGACGGGCACGGGGAGGGGCGGGUCGUCCAUCUAUGGCGAAAAGUUCGCCGACGAGAUCAGCGCCGAGCUUCGGCACACGGGCGCGGGCGUGCUGAGCAUGGCGAAUGCCGGCAAGGACACAAACGGCAGUCAGUUCUUCAUCACGCUUGCGCCCACGCCCUGGCUGGACGGCAAGCACACCAUCUUCGGGCGCGUCAAGAGCGGCAUGAGCGUGGUCAAGAGGAUGGGGCUCGUCAAGACGAAAACAGAGGACAGGCCAGUGGAGGAGGUCAAGAUCAUACGGGCGAGGAUUGUAGAGGAUGAAGAAUGA